AUGUCAGAGUCUGAGGCCAAGAUAGAGGCCGCUACAGCCUCGGCUGUUUCUACUAUCAUAUCUUCUGAUGUCGAUGAUAACUAUGAGUUCUUCUUGCAACAUAGGGGCCUUGAAUAUACCCCGGAAGAGGAAAAGAAGGUAUUGCGAAAGAUAGACCUGCACUUGAUUCCGAUACUCUUCUUCAUUUACUUGCUACAGAUUAGUUAUCCUCCAACGUUGACUGAUCUUUAUCUUGAUAAAAACAGCAUCAAUUUCGCUUCAGUGUACGGCCUCAAGACAGGAACCGGACUUACCGGAUCGGACUAUUCGUGGCUCAGCUCAAUCUUCUACUUCGGCUACCUGAUCGCGCAAUACCCAGCUGGACUAGCGAUGCAAAAAUUACCCGUCGGAAAAUUCUUAGCAAGCACAACAAUAGUAUGGGGCGGCCUCCUAAUGACAACGCCAGCAUGUCAUAAUUUUGCGGGAAUCGCUUCCAAUCGAUUCCUCCUCGGCAUGGUCGAAGCAGUUGUGAACCCAGGCUUUGUACUUUUAAUGAGUAUGUGGUACAAAUCGCGUGAACAGCCCCUACGCCUGGAAGCCUAUUACUGCACCAAUGGAAUUGCAACCAUGUUUGGCGGGCUACUUGGAUAUGCCAUUGGACAUAUCACUACAGGAUUACCUCGGUGGAUGUAUGUAUUCCUGAUUUUUGGUGCAAUUUCCCUCGUUAUCGGUAUCCUGGCAUUGUGGCUUCUCCCGGAUCUCCCAUCAACGGCCAGAUUUCUCAACGAUCGCGAGCGGGCUAUUGCUCUGGAUCGUAUUGCGGGAAACAGACAAGGUGUGAAGAACCAUCAGUUUAAAUGGGAUCAGGUGUGGCAGGCGGCCCGUGAUCCAAAGACAUGGCUUUUGUUUAUUAUGGCUAUUGGUGCGCAGGUACCGAACUCGGCACUGACAAGUUUUACAUCAAUAAUUGUUGAGUCUUUUGGCUUCGACACACUCGGAACCCAAUACCUUCAAAUCCCUGGCGGUGCAGUCAAUUUCCUGACACUGAUUAUUGGUGGCUUCAUAGCGACAAAAUACGAUGGAAAGUUCCAUUCCCGAAGUGCCUGCAUGAUCUUUGCCAAUCUGACAUGCAUCAUCGGAUCUGCGCUCCUGGUCGGUUUAUCGGACUCCAAUAAAUGGGGCCGGUUGGUCGCGCUCUGGCUAUGCUACUUCCAAGGACUGGGAUUUAGCAUGAGUUUGACGAUUGUUAGUUCGAAUAUUGCGGGCUAUACGAAGAAGCAGGUUACCGGCGCUUUGUUGUUCACCGGGUAUUGCGUUGGAAAUAUUAUUGGCCCGCAGACUUUCAAGUCAAGUGAGGCUCCGGGGUAUCAUAGCGCUUAUAUUGCCAUGCUUGUUGGAUACACGAUUAAGCUGACUGCUAUUGUUGCGCUGUACCUUUAUAUGUACUUUGAGAAUAAGCGUCGGGAUCGCCUUGCAUUUGAGAGUGGUGAUCUGGAAGAUGAUGGCGUGGAAGCCGGAAUGCUGGACCAAACAGAGAUUGACAACAAAAAGUUUCGAUAUGUGCUGUAA